AUGAGCAGCUAUAUUUCUUCCUUCCUACCCGAACCGGUGCUACGGAGAGUCCGCCAACGGCAAGAGUCGUCAAAUCCCCCACAUGCUGCUGGUCUUGAAAUCCUGUUUCCUCAGUCAGAAAAUGUCGAAUCUCCAUCUCCAGCAGAUGGCGCUGACGUGACCAAUACUCAUCGCACCAUUGAAGAGAGUGGAAUACCGCUCGACCGUGCGGCCUCGAGUGCUGCCCCGGAGGAAAGAUCAUAUUCCCCUCGCUCUCAUGAUGAGUACGUGAACACCUCUGGCCAUUCUGAAAUCGAUGUUAGAGAUUCAUUGCGCCUAUCUCCCCAUUCUCUGAUGGAAUCAGCACUCGGGGGAACCGGCAGUGAAGUUGGGUCUUCGUUGGAUCGAGUUGAUGCAGGGAGUCAGACUCCAAGAUCAACACCUACACCAGCGAUUGCCUCAUCUAGCGCCGUUGACUGUAAUCCUAGGGCAGGAGGAGGACUACAAUCUAGAGGAUCCAAUGAAAGAGAAAGCGGCCAAAGCGAUGACCCAUACGCUGGAUUAGAUAUCAUUUUGGCCGGGAAAUAUAGAACGCUACCGGAGGAUGAUGGCAUGAGCACGUUAAGGGAAAAGAUACACAAUAUACGGGACGCAGCAGUUUCUAACGCGGAAAAGGCCAGAUUGAUUCAUGGACUUAUGACGGAAAAUUACAAUUCAUCGCUGAAUAAUAGACAUGGUCAGUCCUUCCAGCCACAUUCACCCUCUAGUUCCCAUGGUCAAGAACGCCCAUGGACGCCUCUGUCACGUAGCAAACGUUCUUCCGGUCGCUUCCCCCUGACUCCCUCAUUGACCGUGUCUGCCUCUUCAAACGCGUUUCCCUAUUAUCUCACCGAUGAGGAUCUGCAACCUAGUUUCGCUACGCGACAUGACUCGUCAGAAUUUUCUGGUGAGAAUAUGCCUUCGUUCUCGAAGGAGCUCCCAAAUGACGACGCAGUGGAAGAGGAAAUUUUCCAAUUAGGCUGUCGACAUUAUAAGAGGAGGGUAAAGCUCCAAUGCUACGCAUGCAAGAGAUGGUAUACUUGCAGAUUUUGCCAUGACCAAGAGGAAGAUCACACUUUAAAUCGAAGAGCGACUCAGAACAUGCUUUGCAUGGUUUGCAGUACCCCCCAGCCGGCUGGGCAAUGGUGUAAAUCGUGCGGUGUUCAAGCUGCUAGCUACUACUGCUCAGUCUGUAAACUCUGGGAUAACGACACCGAGAAGAGUAUAUACCACUGCAACGACUGUGGGAUAUGCCGUAUCGGUCAAGGAAUUGGAAAGGACUAUUAUCACUGCAAGACCUGCUCUGUAUGCAUUCCCGUAUCUAUACAGCAAACCCACAGAUGCAUCGAACGAUCCACGCAGUGCGACUGUCCGAUAUGUGGUGAUUAUAUGUUUACGUCUCCCGAGGCAGUCAUAUUCAUGAAAUGCGGACAUAGCAUACAUCAAAAGUGCUUUUCUCAAUACUCCAAAACAUCAUAUCGCUGUCCUAUUUGCAGUAAAACUAUUGCAAAUAUGGAGGCCCACUUCAGAAACCUUGACCGCACAAUAUCAGACCAGCCAAUGCCUCCGGAUUUCAGAGAUACAAGAGCGCUAAUAUCUUGUAACGACUGUUCCGCGAAGUCCGCGGUUCAAUAUCAUUGGUUAGGGUUAAAAUGUGAAAUAUGUUACUCUUACAACACUACGCAAAUACGUCUCCUCACUGGUUCUGAUAGUGGCAAUGGUAACACUAGUCGUGAAUAUGAAGGUCGGGAAGCAUCUCGAAACCUGACCAUACCAAUCCGCAUGGCUAGAUUACCACAAAGCCCUGAUGAAAAUCACACAAUAACGGAAGGCACAAUACCGCCGGCUUUCUCAAGAUCAGUUCCGGCAAGUGAUACGACUCUCGGACCCACCCAACCCACGGAACAAGCUCCAAGCUACCGACGAUCCUUCUCUACUAUGCCCCUGAGAACCGUGCCGGCAAUGAUAGGGAAUUAUUUCGGCCUUUAUCGAGGAAGUGUAUCUGUUUGGUCACCUACGGACUCCGGGGACUCCGGCGACAGCAACAAGCCCGCAAAUAACGACAAUGAUGAUAUCGACUUUUGGGGCAGCAAGUCUUCCAGGCCUACAUUUGGAAUAUUUAGUGGUGGUAAGGACGAUGACGAUGUGGUGGUGCUCGAAGACGAGAGCGAGACUGCUACUGAUGGCUCCGAAGAAGAUACCGAUGAUGAUGAACGGCAAGAAGACACGGAAGAUGAGGAAGACGAUGAUGUUGAUGAGAUUGACAUAUUUGGACACAGAUGA